GGACGGGAAAUAGGUUCUGUGUGCUCUCCGGGGGUAUUGUGUCAGGAGAUGCAGGCUGGCUACCAUGUGACGCGGUCCGGAGCCGAACGGAUUGGCCGAGGCAGCGCAGGCGGUGCGGCCGGGCCGGCUUGCUGCUCCUCGCCCUUUCUCUCAGCAUCUUCCUGGAAGCCUGUAGGUGAAGCAGCACCAGCAGCAUCCGUGGCCUGUCUUUCGGGUUAACACUUGUCUCCUUUGGCUUCAGCAGCGGACAGAGCAGACCUCAGCAGCAGCGGUGUGAGGACCUAGCUGGGCCCUGGAAGCGUAUCCUCCUGUGUUUUUUCAGACUCCUUGGAAAUUAAGGAAUGCAAUUCUGCCACCAUGAUGGAAGGAUUGAAAAAACGUACAAGGAAGGCCUUUGGAAUACGGAAGAAAGAAAAGGACACUGACUCUACAGGUUCACCAGAUAGAGAUGGAAUUCAGGGGAAAAAAAAGACCCAGAAGACUCAGCUUCUCCUCACCUCUUGCUUCUGGCUCAGAGCCCUCUCGUUAACUCUGUCUCAGAAGAAAAGCAAUGGGGCACCAAAUGGAUUUUAUGCAGAAAUUGACUGGGAAAGAUAUAACUCACCUGAGCUGGAUGAAGAAGGCUACAGCAUCAGACCUGAGGAACCGGGCUCUACCAAAGGAAAGCACUUUUAUUCAUCGAGUGAAUCGGAAGAGGAAGAAGAAUCACACAAGAAAUUUAAUAUCAAAAUUAAACCAUUGCAAUCUAAAGACAUUCUUAAGAACGCUGCAACUGUAGAUGAACUGAAGGCAUCAGUAGGCAACAUCGCGCUUUCCCCAUCACCAGUGAGGAAAAGUCCGAGGCGCAGCCCGGGUGCAAUUAAAAGGAACUUAUCCAGUGAAGAAGUGGCAAGACCCAGGCGUUCCACACCAACUCCAGAACUUAUAAGCAAAAAACCUCCGGAUGACACUGUGGCCCUUGCUCCCCUCUUUGGUCCACCGUUAGAAUCAGCUUUUGAUGACCAGAAGACGGAAGUUCUUUUAGAUCAGCCUGAGAUAUGGGGUCCAGGCCAACCAAUUAAUCCAAGCCUGGAGUCGCCAAAGUUAACAAGGCCUUUUCCCACUGGAACACCUCCACCACUGCCUCCAAAAAAUGUACCAGCCACCCCACCCCGAACAGGCUCCCCCUUAACAGUUGGACCAGGAAAUGACCAGUCAGCCACAGAGGUCAAAAUUGAAAAACUACCAUCAAUCAAUGACUUGGACAGCAUUUUUGGCCCAGUGCUGUCCCCCAAGUCUGUUGCUGUUAAUGCUGAAGAAAAGUGGGUCCAUUUUUCUGAUACGUCCCCGGAACAUGUUACUCCAGAGUUGACUCCAAGGGAAAAGGUGGUGUCCCCACCAGCUGCAUCAGACAACACAGCUGAGUCCCCAGCUCCAGGUCUUCCUGGCCCCCUGGUCCCCUUGGGCCCCCCAGGGCCUCCAGGGCCUCCUCGCAAUGUACCAUCUCCGCUCAAGUUAGAAGAAGUCCAGAAGAAAGUCGCUGAGCAGAACUUCAUUAAAGAUGAUUACUUAGAAACAAUCUCAUCUCCUAAAGAUUUUGGGUUGGGACAGAGAGCAACUCCACCUCCCCCACCACCACCUACCUACAGGACUGUGGUUUCGUCCCCUGGACCUGGCUCGGGCAGUGGUACGGGGACCACCAGUGGUGCAUCAUCCCCUGCUCGACCAGCCACUCCUUUGGUUCCUCGCCGCAGUACUACUCCACCUCCACCUCCUCCCAGGCCUCCAUCCCGGCCAAAGCUACCACCAGGAAAGCCUGGAGUCGGAGAUGUGUCCAGACCUUUUAGCCCUCCCAUACAUUCUUCCAGCCCUCCUCCGAUAGCACCCUUAGCCCGGGCUGAAAGCACUUCUUCAAUAUCGUCAACCAAUUCCUUGAGUGCAGCUACCACUCCCACAGUUGUGUCAGAAGAUGAUGUUUUUUAUGACAAACUGCCCUCGUUUGAAAGGCGCUGUGAAACGCCUGCAGGUUCUUCUAGGGGACCCAGCCCCCUAACCAUGGGAGCCCAGGACACCCUCCCCGUUGCAGCAGCAUUUACAGAAACAGUCAAUGCCUACUUCAAAGGAGCAGAUCCAAGCAAAUGUAUUGUUAAGAUUACUGGAGAAAUGGUGCUGUCCUUUCCUGCCGGCAUUACCAGACACUUUGCCAACAACCCAUCCCCAGCUGCUCUGACUUUUCGGGUGAUAAAUUUCAGCAGGUUAGAACACGUCCUGCCAAAUCCCCAACUUCUCUGCUGUGAUAAUACACAAAAUGAUGCCAAUACCAAGGAAUUCUGGGUAAACAUGCCAAAUUUGAUGACUCACCUAAAGAAAGUGUCUGAACAAAAACCCCAGGCUACGUAUUAUAAUGUGGACAUGCUCAAAUACCAGGUGUCUGCCCAGGGCAUUCAGUCCACACCUCUGAACCUGGCAGUGAAUUGGCGAUGUGAGCCUGCGAGCACUGACCUGCGCAUAGAUUACAAAUACAAUACUGAUGCAAUGACAACCGCUGUGGCCCUCAACAAUGUGCAGUUCCUGGUCCCCAUAGAUGGGGGCGUAACCAAGCUCCAGGCUGUGCUGCCACCAGCAGUCUGGAAUGCUGAACAACAGAGAAUAUUGUGGAAGAUUCCUGAUAUCUCUCAGAAGUCAGAAAAUGGAGGAGUGGGUUCUUUAUUGGCAAGAUUUCAGUUAUCUGAAGGCCCAAGCAAACCUUCCCCGUUGGUUGUGCAGUUCACAAGUGAAGGAAGCACUCUUUCUGGCUGUGACAUUGAACUUGUUGGAGCAGGGUAUCGAUUUUCACUCAUCAAGAAAAGGUUUGCUGCAGGAAAAUACUUGGCAGAUAACUAAUAAAAUCUUAUGCAAGGAUUUGGAGGAUUCAUAUAAUGGAGAACUGUUGUAUGAGAAACAGGUUUUAAUUUGGUUUGAUGAAAACAAACCAAUAUCUGCACUUGGGAUAUAUCAGCUGGAAAGUCAAUGACUUUCAGUGUUGAUUUCUCCCCCACAAUACCAUGAUGAGAAGUCCUACAGUAUUUACUUAUAGGUGUAAUAUUGUUAAUGGUUUUAAAAUGUAUUAUUGUAUUUGUAAAUUGUACUCUCAUUCCAGUAAGGCAGUUAGACACUUGAGUUCUAGCAUUUUACCAUUCCUGAAAUGGAUGUAAUUUAAACUGUGGUAUGUAAAUUUAAUAGUAGUACUGGUGAAUGGCACAAUGCUUACAGAGGUAGAUUGCAUUUUGUCAAUAUAUAAAAUUUAAAUAUAAUAUUGAUAGCUGUCAUAAAGGGGGUGCCACAUAUAAAGAAACAAAUGGAACUAGAAGAAAAAAAAAACACUUUUCUUCAGUCCUUAGUAUGUUUUACUCUAGUGCUAAAUAAAACUUCUAUCUUCAAAUGUUUAGUGUUAAAUUCAGAAAAUAUUUCAGAAAAAAAUUCUAUGGUUACAGCAUAUUCAAAGAAAAGCAUUAAUUACCACUUUUUAAAAAGCUUUUUUUUCAAACUGCAAAUUUCAUAAAAAUGCAAACUGUGUAAACAGGGCCUCUUAUUUUUAUAACUUGUGUAAAAAGGGAAAGCAAUUCAUAUUUAAAGUUUAAGUAUAUUAAAUUAUAAUCAAGAGUAAAGAAGAUGUUGACAUCUUAACUAUUUCCCUCUCUCUCUACAGUUUAGCAAAUGUGGCGAUUGCUAAAUAAUCAUUCUGACUAAAACAAAAAUUGUGAUUUUAAGAUUUCAAGACUUUCCGUAGUUGAACUGGAUAACAACUUUGCACAUUACUCCAAACAGAUGGUCUCUCUCAUCCAGCAUGGGGUAAUGAAACCUCAUGUCCUGCUCUUUUCCCCUAGGAAUCAGAACAUUGAGACUAGGAAUCUCAGAAAAAAAUUUUAGUUUCCCUGUUCAGAUCCAGAAGGAGAAUUUUAAACAUCAUCAUUUAUAUCAUUUGGGAAGAAAUCAAAAUACUUCAUAAAUGAAAUUUUGUUCAUAUUAUUGUGCAAUAAACUUCCUUUUAGAUAAUUAAGAUUCACUGUAUAAAACUGUAAAUCUUUGCCAUUCUCGAGGAAUCAAGAGGAGAGUUACCAACAAUUCAUAUCAUUUCAUUGUUGGAAGGUGUAGUAAAAACCGUAAUUACUCAGUCUGGCCCCACAGUAUGAGAAUUCAGAGAGAAGAACAUAUUCAGGAGUCCUAGUUGUAAAACCUUCCCUCAUUAAGAUCUGAGAGUACUAGUCUUCCUUUAAGUCAUAGCACUUAUUUUAAACACAAACCAAUUCCUAUUCUAGGUUAUACUACUAAAUAAUUAUAAUUAUUAAGCUGUUAUAUUUAUCAUUAGUUGCUAAAUUUAAUUUUAUAUCCACUCAAAUUUGACAAAGAAUCUUUAGUCCCUUCAAAUUUUAGAAUCAUAUUAAAAUUUUUAAGUCUUACUUUGAAAAUGAGAUUGUAACUGGCAAUUGUUUGUAGUGGAACUUUUAAAAUUAAUUUUUGUACUCCUUAAUCAGUGCUUGCUACCAAGAGAAUGUCCAAAAUUAUCUGUUUUACCUUAGCAGAAUUCUUCCUCUUCAAACAAACUCUCAGUUGGCUAUCCAAAGCAGUCUGGUGUUGAAAUUUUUUUUAACAAACUGAUUAAUGCUAAGUAAACAUACCCAAUUCGAUUUUGAAACCAAAAUAGAAAAUGCAAAAUUUUAAAUCCCAGGAAACACGGGGAAGUUUAGAACACUAAAACCAAUGGAGAGUAAUCAGCAGAAAAUUGAGAAUUAUCCAGCAUAUGAAUAUUAAAAAUGUGUUUUUAAGUAAUGAAUUCAUGAAAAACCAUAUCGACUAUUAACACAAAGCAUAUUAAAAAUGUGUAAAUAUUUUUCAUUCUCAUGUCUCUUUAUAUUUUAUUUUAUAUAGAUCUAGACUGAAUUAGUAAUUAAACACAAGGGGGUUUUUCCCCCGCAAGGAAUAAUUUUGUUGAUAUUGUAAAAAUGUAAUUAAAAACAUAAGUUACAAUAAUUUCUGACAUUAUCCAAAUGUUUUCAGGAACUAAAUUUGAAACUAUAAAGAAAUCCUAUGAUCCCUUCAUUGGUGUUUAUGAAAUGGAAAGGGUGUCAUUGAUUUCAAAAUUUUGAAACCUUAAAUAACCAGAACCUCAAUAGAGAAUUACCACUUCUCCCUUCAAAAAACAGAUCAAAUAAGAACCCACUAAGUUCAUAUCAGGGAUUUAGAUUUUGGUGUUUUUUAAUCUUGUAAGUUAUAAUCUCCUGUUAUACCUAUAUCCACAGUACUGUAGAAUAAGAAUUCAUCUUUUAAAAAAUGAUCCUAGAGAAUGCAAGAGUCUCAGUUAUCAAAAAUACAUUAAGCUAGAUUCACUGUUGGUUCCUAAGUCAGAACAAAAUGGGCUACUACGUAUUAAGACAAUUUUCAGUAGCAGGAGUUAAAUUUUUUUAAAAAGGGUUCUAGUUAACCAGAGCACCAUUUUCUGAGCAUUAUGUUUAAAAAAGGUUCUGCUCUAGCAAGACAGAAAAUAUGAAUGAUACUGCUUUAUUUUGGCAACAUGAAAAGUAUGUUUUUCUUUUCGAAUAAAAUUCCAUAUUUUCAUGAAAUUUUUAAAAAUAGAUUCUUAUUAAGAAUUAGUCUGAAUUUUAUCAUAAUUGGAAUUUAUAAUUCCUACAAAUUAAAUUUUAAAUUAUUUUUAAAGCUAUAUUCUUCUCUACACCUACAGCCAAAAUAAAAAUUCACUAUAUGGUAUUUGGGAAUAUACUUCACCUGUAAAGAAAGAAUGUUCACAUUUCAGAUGGUUUUGAGAGGAUAGGAAUCCCUCAGAAAGCCAAACUACAGAUAUUCUUUUCUUUUUUUAUGUUUUUACUGCAUCUCAACCUGCAAAGUGAAUGAGCCAUAGUUACACAUAUGUAUUUCCAUUUCCAAAUCUUUUCAAAGAAGCAGGUAACUACAUUAGCUCUAUCGCUAACUCCUGCUGAGGGACUUUGGACAAGUUGCCGCCCUUGUCAAUUCCCCAUUUUUAGAAUGAGGGGUUGGGAUUUCCAGUGAUUUUCAAGCUUUUCUUAAUGGUAGGACUUUUUUCUAAUAAAAUUGUACAUGAAAUCCUGUUAGGCAAAACAGCUUAAAGUAAUGAAAGAGUUUCUCCAGCAGUUUAAAUCUGGGCUCUCCAGGUCACCUUUAAAUGCCACAACACACAAGUAAUCUCUAAAGUGUCUUCCAACUCUGAAGUUCCAUGAUUCUGCUUUACUCAGACUAACCACCUUUUGAGGCUUUAUGAGGAAACUUGUCCAAUCACAGUAAUUGGCUGAUACACACUAAAAACUGAUAUGUACUUGAGUGCUUACCAUGUACCACCCACUAGAGAUAUUAGCUCUUUAAUCCUUAUAUCAAUCCAAAAAAUCGUAGGUAUUCUUUUUAAUUCCUGUUUUUAAAAUGGUGACAUUGAGGCUUAGAUUAAUUAAUUUGCCCAAAAUGACACUGCAGCUGAAGUAACCCAGUUAUAUUGACUGCAGAAAGAGUGCCUUGCUCUGUUUUGCUUUGUCCAUUCUGGGGGAAAAAAAUCAUCUGUUUUAUUUUACUAUACAUACUCCUUUUGAUUGCCAAGGUAAAAGACAAUACAAAAAACUAGUAUCAAAAUAAGGAUAAUUCCAAAAGAAACUCAUUUAAAAAGAAUCAGUAUUUCUCAAAGUAUGAUUUUUGGACCAUUGUAUUAUCACAUUAAAAGAGGGCAAUGAUUUUGACUUAGUCAACACUAUAUCUCCAGAGCCUAGAAGAUAAUAGACAUCAAUAAAUUUGUAUUGGAUGAAUAAAUCUCUAGAGAUGGGAUUUGGGAAUAUGUAUUUUUGAUAAGCAUUUAAAAUUUGAGAACCACUGCCCUAGUAGAUCUCUAAGGUCCUUUUUAGUUCUGACAUUAUAUCAAAUUUUAAGCAUUAAAUUCUAAGUUGAAUACCAUUUUUCUAGUCAGUUUAUUCUAGUCAGUUUAUUUUUUGGUCAGUUCAUCCAACUUCCUUCGAUCUUAAGAAAAGAUUUUUUUUUCAAGGAAAAUCCCUAUCCUUUCCUUGGAGUUCUUGUGUUACACUAUCACAAUCUCAAAGUAGCCUGAAGUGCAUUCUCUCAUUUUCACAUUUCUGUCCUCUUCAGUGUCUUAAAAAACUUAAAGUAGUACAGAGGUUGCAAGCUGUCACUCAUUCCAAAUACAAAGUCCUAAUAAAUGUCCCCUUCCUUGCAAGGGACACUCAGACCUCUAAGUUGUGAGUUGACCCUAUUUACUAUUUAUUUUGUAGGCUUUUGACUUUACAAGUGUAGAUUACCCCCAUUCCAAAAGAGUUGCACCAAACAUUUUGAUUUUUGCAUUUUUCAAAAUAAUCACAGGCUGUCAAAGUUGAAUGAUACAGUAAAAAACCCAGGUACCUACUAAAGAGAUGAGUGUGUGUGUACGUGUUUGUGUUUAAGCUUUCUCUUUCCCCAAAGAUUAUGCAUUUGAGCAAAUUACCAUUCAGUCUAAAUGUACUCACUUUGCUCCAUGGUUUUCUGAUGAGCAUUUUUUAAAAAAAAAUGAAAGUAUGAUUUUUAAUAAUAUCAAAAUGAGAGUGAUCUCUAAGUAUAGCUUUAAAAGUUAAUAUAAGUAAAUAUGAUGUUUCUGUGAAAUGAGUCAAAUAAAAUUGUUGAUAUGAGUGAACAAAUCAA